UCACGACCGACAAUUUUUUUACAAGCAUCCCGCUGGCCAAAAAAUUGCUUGGACUAAAGACAACUUUGGUUGGGACCAUCCGCUCGAACAAGAGAGAACUACCAAAACCAGCGAAAGAAACAAAGGACAAAAUGCCGUUAUUUUCAUCAAAUUUAUAUAAAUCAGACAACUGCACGCUUACUGUAUAUAAAAGUAAACCGAAAAUAAAAGUUCUUCUUCUAAGCACCAAGCAUAGAAAUAUACAGAUAGAAAACAAUAGAAAAUGUGUUCCAGAAACUAUUACAUUUUAUAAUAAAACAAAGUUUGGUGUCGAUGUCGCGGACCAGAUGGCACGCAAAUAUAGUGUGAAAGCAGGGUGUUUUCGAUGGCCUCUCCAAGUUUUUUAUAAUAUUUUAGAUUUGGCAGCGAUAAACGCGUGGAUAUUGUACAAAGAGUGUACCGGAUCGAAAAUAUCCAGAAAGGAGUUUAUAUUUUCUUUAGCCGAUGAAUUAGCUGGAAAAAACAAGGAGAACGUUCGUCACAGUUCAGACGUUUCAGAUCGGUCACUUUCAACAUCGGGAGUGCGAAAAAGUUGCCAAGUGGGCUACUGUAAUAAAAAUAGAAGCAGUAAUUGCUGUAUGUAUUGUAAAAAUAUCGUAUGCGGAAAAUGCACAAAAGAAAUUCAAUACGUAUGUAAAAAAUGUCCUCGAUAAAUAUGAUUAUGUAGCCUUUGUAUUAUUGUUAUCAUUUUCGUAAUAACUUAACAAAAAAUUUGACUUAUAAGUAUUUUAUUUUUACGUGAAGCCUUAUAUUAUUAAACUCAAAUUUAGUUUGAAUAAAUUGAUUUUUUAAAAAUGAAUACGUAUUUUCAUGCACCCGUCAAUUUGACGGAUGCUCGUAGAGAUAGGUAUAUAAGAAACGCCCGUAAACCUAGUGUUAAAGAAGCGUAAGCGUCCAUGCCUAGUAAAUCACUACAAAAAUAACGUGAAUAUUCAACCCGAACGUUAUUUCUACGCCUUGCUGCUACUCUUUCAAUCAUGGAGAGAUGUAGAUGAACUCCGCAACGGGUGCGAUACUUAUGCUGAGUCAUUUCAGUCAAUGCAAUUAGAACUUGCACAAGCACUAGAAUAUCACGAACGCAUAACCGAGGUACAAAAAGGUAUGGAAUAUGUGAAGGAAAUGAUUGACAAACAAUUCGCAGAUAAUGCGAAAGA